AUGUCGUCCAAAAUGUACAAGCCGCCCGUGUCGCCCAACCGCAAUUCCAGCAUUCUCAAUGCUUUGAAGGCGACCGAGAUGCUGGAUACUCGGCCGGCACUUCCUGCAGAGAUUCUUGUAACCAUACUCGACUACCUGCCGGUAUCCGACCUGAUGCGAGCCGCGCGAGCCUCGAGACGCCUUCGGGAGAUGGUCUACGACGAUACACGAUGGGUAUCCCGGUUAAAAAGCAUGGGGUGCUGGGAUGAGGUGGAAGCAAAGCGACGCUUCGAGGAGGCCGUGAGGAGGAGGAGAGAAGCUGCCCAGCGGGCCAACGGGCCACCCGGCGCACCGGCAGCGCCGGCUAACACGACCAUCUUUGACGCCGUGGCUGAAGUCGAGAAGCGCCAGCUUCCUCCCGUUGUAGACAAGGUCGCCGACGGCUUCGAGACGAUGUCGCUCGCUCCUUCCAAGACCUCCAACCAGGAUUCGGGGGCGAUACUCAACGUAUUCCAAAACGCGAAGAGCAUCAGGGGUUAUGCAAGGCAGGAAUAUGGGAAGAUUUAUGGCGCGCUGGCGCCUUUCUAUUAUGAUUUGAUACACGCGGCGAGCCAUGCUGAUCCGAUCGUCUUCAAAGUGUUCAGAGACCCAGAGAGGCAGGCGAGGAUGCUGGCGAACCUCAAAGUAUUCGCAAAGAGCGACUGGGCUCAAGGGUGGAAUCAACGAGAGGAAAAGCUCCUAACUAUGACGGGCGUAUUUGAGAGCGCCGUCCUCCGUGAGUUUGAGCAAGGAUACGAGUUCUGGGAUAUCGACGGGCGCAUGAAGCGCUAUGCGACUGUGUUGUAUCACCUAAAUGGAGGCGCCGCGGGUGUGAAUCUUUUCAUCGACAAACACCCGAUUUUCCCGGAGAUGCAGCUGUCGAUGAACCCUGUUGAAUGCCUCGAUCAAGCAACGACAGAUGGGAUCACGUUGGACCCGUCCCGCGUGUUCCUGGAAACGCUGGCGAAAAAGGUCAAUGAGCAGUCUGCGGUAAUCGAGAGAAUAUUCCCCGAACCCGCAUCCGUCUUCUGGGGCUUCGUUGAUAAAAUACGAGAAGAUGUUAUUAUGGAAUACUGCACCCCACUAUUCGACGAGGCCCACGAGCGGAAUAUACUGGCGUACCUACAAGCCGUGUCGGGGAUGUCGGAGCAGUGCAUGUGGUUUUUCCAGUCCUUAGCACCCCCGUCAUCUUGGAAGGAUGAUAUCGAUGUCAAGGCUAAGGAGCUGACGUUGAGGACGUUUGAGCCUCAUCUUGAUCUCUAUUUCCAGGAGGAGCUAGACUACUUUACGAAAAAGGCGGAGGCUGAAGUGGAUAGUUGGGAGAAGAAGCUUUCGGAGCAAGACGCAUCCGUCGAGUCGUUCUACAUGAGCAAUUUCAACCGGCAGGCGGAUAAGAAAGAUUUCUUGAGCUCUUUCAAGAAGGUGGUAAUGAUGCCGGUUACGGUGCUUCCAACCUUUCCGAUUGGCUCGCCGUUCACCUCGAGCAAGCCAGCAUCCAAUGCGGCAUCAUCAUCAGCAGCAGCAACACCAUCUGCCAACGACUCGAACUCUCUUCAACCAGUUCAACCGAAGCCGGCUCCCGCUUUUCCGGGAACGGGCGUUGACGGACGGAAGACUCCGUUGCCCACCGAGGCACCGACGGACGAACUUGCGGCGAAAGCUGCCUUGAUGACGUCUCGUCUUGAUGGGAUCAAAAGUCUCUUUAGCAUCGAGGUCGCGCUCGAUCUCGUCCACGCGGCGAAAACUAGUCUUGGGAGGACCGCCGUCUUUAUCAAGCUCGGAGGUCAGUCUGGCGAGGAGGCGAGGGAGCAAUGUGCUACGAUAUUCGUGGUAUUGCUUCGCAUCCUAGGGUCUGGACAUGUGAAGAGUGGAUUCGACAAAGCCGUGGAUCACCUCUCGCAGUACAACCCUCGUGCGGUCAACGAUCACAACCAAGCGGGUGUGGCUCCCCUAGUGACGUUUAUCGAGCUUGUCAACGUGGGAGACCUCAUCUCGCAAAUGAUCGACGUCUUCUACGAGCAGCAGCUAGCAGCGCCGAAGAUUGCGGAUAAGAACGACUUCUUGGAUCCCGCCGGUCUGGCCAAGAAGAAGUUCGAGCAGAUGCUCGACGAGAGCGUCGCCGCCGGGUUGAACAAGGGCAUCGACGUGCUGAUGGACGAGGUCGAGUAUCUCCACGGCACUACGCAGCUCCCCACAGACUACAACCCGACCUUGUCGGAAAACGGCAUGCCGAGCCCCGACUUCGACAUCGGCCCGACCACGACGGCCAAGCGAAUCGUCGAGCUCGUGUCGGGCCACACGCGCAUGCUGGUCGGCACGACGGAAAAAUCCAUGCUCGACGUCUUCAACGGCGAGGUGGGCCUCCGGCUCUUCACGGCCGUCUGCAAGCACCUCAAGCGCCAGCGCAUCAGCACCGAUGGCGCCAUCAAGCUCAUCGCCGACAUGAACCUGUACUUCGACUACAUCCGCACCCUGAAGAACCAGGAUCUGCUGGCGUAUUUCGGCGCGCUGAGGGAGCUUUCGCAGGUUUACCUUAUCGAUGCGGCGCAUGCUAAGGAGAUGGCGACGGUGAUUGCGGAUGGGGAUAGGUUUAAGGGGAUAUUUAGGGCCGAGGAGGUUUAUGAGUUUGCGCAGAGGAGGGCGGAUUGGUAUCAGGUUCGGAGGGAUGUGGAGAGGGCUAUGUAUGGGUUGGAGUGUUUGCUGAUGUGA